ACUAAAAGAAACACAGUGAUGGAUCCAGAGACUUCAUUGUAGUACAUUUCUAAGAAAUAUACUAGGUUACAAAAUGUGGCCACUUUAAAAAACCCAGGGCAUCCAUCUCACUGCUCUCCAGUCAGCUGACUUUCCCCAUCGGUGGAGUGAGGCCUCCACAGCUAGGGCUGACUUCCUCAUAGGGCCAAGUGGCCCUGAUUUGUCUCUCCAACAGCUCAUAUCAGCUGUGUGUCCUUAACUCCACCUCCGAAUCUAGACUAAGGCAAAGGCCUCACUCAUGUGGGCCUGGUGACUGCUCUGCUUACCUAGUCACACAGCCUAACCUGGGCCCAUCCCAGUUUAUUGUGAGUCAGCUGAACAAGGGGCGGGCACCACCCUUCCCGGAGCAGGAAUCCAACUGGCACACAGGCCACCAGCACAUCCCAAGAGACUCUGCAGUGGCCGGAGACGGAUACAGAGCAUCUGGCCAGCAGGGUGCUUCAAGGAGCAAUUAUGUCUGUCCUAUACCCAUCUCUGGAGGACCUGAAGGUGAGCCAAGUCAUCCAGGCCCAAGCCAGAGCCUCACCCAGGAUGCUCACUCCGUCAGCCCCGAUGGCUUCUGCACCCCCACUUUCAGAGUUGUACCCAAACUUGGCGGAACUGGAGAGUUAUAUGGGACUGUCCCUCUCUAGCCAAGAAGUCCAGAAGAGCCUGCCUCAGAUUCCAGAUGGUGACAAUACGGUGGUCACUAGCCCUGGGGCUGGCCAGGUGACAGCACCAGUCUCUGGGAACAACCUGGGUGUGCUGCGUGCAGAGAUCAAGCCUGGGAUGCGUGAGAUCCACCUGUGCAAGGACGAGCGUGGCAAGACUGGACUGCGCCUGCAGGCUGUUGACAAGGGGCUCUUUGUGCAGCUGGUCCAGGCCAACACCCCUGCGUCCCUCGUGGGGCUGCGCUUUGGGGACCAGAUCCUGCAGAUCGACGGGUGUGACUGUGCUGGGUGGAGCACAUCCAAAGCUCACAAAGCACUGAAGAAGGCGUCCGAGGAGAAGAUUGUCAUGAUUGUUCGGGACAGGCCGUUCCAGCGGACCGUCACCAUGCACAAGGACAGCUCAGGCCAGGUUGGAUUUUUCAUCAAGAAGGGGAAGAUUGUAUCCGUGGUAAAGGGAAGCUCCGCAGCCCGCAAUGGACUUCUCACCAACCACUACGUGUGUGAGGUGAACGGGCAGAACGUCAUCGGGCUAAAGGACAAAAAGAUUACGGAGAUUCUGACCUCAGCCGGCAGCGUCGUCACACUGACCAUCAUUCCCACUGUGAUCUACGAGCAUAUGGUCAAAAAGUUGUCUCCCCUGCUGCUUCACCACACCAUGGACCACUCCAUUCCAGACAUCUGAAGUCACGGGCAGCCCGGGCCUCCCGCCACCCUGCAGCGGACAGCGGUCCUCAGAUGACAGGCUGCAGCUGGCUUGCUGCCUGGGUCUGGGCAUCGCAGGGGCCAGGCCCCAGGGGGACGCAUAUUGGAUGGGCCAGUCUGCCAUUGCCGUUUCCAGGCCUCCCUGGAUCCCGACUCCUCGCUGUGCUGAGGUACAGGAGGGGCCGAGGCACUUGGUGCUCUGUACCCUAGCUGCUGGGCACUUGGGCAGAACGGCAGAAUGUCACUGAAGGCAGCUGGGUCCCUUUGCAGACUUCUGCCUCUUCUAGAAAGUCAGCCAUCUGACUCGACAGAGGAAUUCCUCAUUGUGUUCUUUGCCUUCACUGGUCUUUGUCACAGAUUGUAUAUAGAUUACUUGUGUAACCCUUUACUGUCUUUUGAAUAAAGAGCGGAUCUUAAACACA